AUGUGUUUCUUCAUCUUCAUUACAUUACUUCCACAGAACCCCCCUGAGCCUCCUGAGCCUCCUGGACCACUCCUCACAGCCGUCGAAAUGGAGAUUACAAAACACAACGGAGGUCCCAAAGAAAUCAAAAUCAAAUCGAGUUCUCAUGCCCCACCAAAUUCUGGUGAUGGAGAGAUUAAGAGAAAAGGGGUUUCGAAAAUAACAAAAAAAGGGAAUAGGGCGAUAGUAAGGAGAUUCAGUAGGGUUAGUAGAAAAGAAUUUUGCGAUGCUUUGAGAAACAAGGUGCCUCAUGAAGAUCUCACCGGUGACAAACGCGAUGUAGGUAUGAUUUAGUAUAUAGUAUAUCAUAACCUGGCAUCUAUCAAAAUCUACAUUUUUUCUACCUUAGGUCUAUGCGCAUGA